AUGUUGAAGCAAAAAUCAGAUGCAUUUAAGGUCUUUAAGCAAUUCAAGACUUUGGUAGAAAUAGAAAAAUGAGUGAAGAUUAAGAAUUUCAAAUUAGACAGAGGAGGAGAAUUCAUGUCUGAAGAAUUUUGUUAAUUAUUGUGUUUCACAAGGCAUUAAAAAAUAAUUGACCGCACCUUACUCACCUCAAUAGAAUGAGGUGGUGGAGAGGAAGAAUUGCAUUGUGAUGUCCAUGGUCUGAUUCAUGUUGAAGACUAAGGAGCUCCCUCGAAAGAUGUGGAGAGAAGCAAUAAGCAUUGCUAUUUACAUCCUUAAUCGGUCAUUUACAAAAACUUUGCAGGGUCAAACUCUCUAUGAGAUGUAGACUGGAAGAAAGCCCCACAUCAAUCACUUGCAUGUUUUUGGUUCAAUUGUCCAUGUGAAAUGUACUAGAGGACCUUUGAGCAAGUUGGAAGAUCGAAGUCAACCCAUGGUCUUCAUUGGCUAUGAGAUUGGAUCCAAGGCUUACAGAUGCUAUGACCUUAUCAAAGGCAAGGUCAAUAUCAGCCAAGAUGUCAUUUUCGACGAAAAUGACAAGUGAGAUUGGACAAAGUAAGGUGAAAUCUCCCCUUCUUAUACCUUUUUAUCUAAUUUUCUACCUAAUCAAGGUACGGAAGAAGACUCUAAUGUUGACAUUGAAGAUGUGGAGGUCUUUGCUUCUCGAGAAAUGAAUUCAGCCCCUCAAAGUGACUUUGAAGAAAGUCAACCUCACAAGUCCAUAGCUGAAUUGUACUUAGAUACGAUCUCUACUUCACUUGAUGAUCAAGCUUCCAUGCUCACAUAUGAAGAACCAUACUCUUACAUUGAAGUUUCUCAUGAAGAAGUGUGGAGAAAGGCCAUGAAAGAGGAGAUGCUGGGAAUUGAUUGAAGUUAGACAUGAGAGCUUGUGUCACCUCCAGCCAAUUGCAAGCUAAUUGGGCUAAAGUGGAUAUUCAAGGUGAAAAAGAAUCCACAAGGAGAGAUCAUCAGACACAAGGCUCAACUUGUUGUGAAGGGAUACUCAUAGAGGCAAGGGUUUAAUUCUGAGGAAGUAUUUACCCCAGUGGUUCGUUUCGAAUCCAUAAGAGCUCUAAUUGCUUUAGCACCUCUAAAAGGAUGGAUAAUUCAUCAUCUUGAUGUCAAGUCUGCUUUCUUGAAUGGGGAGAUUGAAGAGGUGAUUUAUGUGAAGCAAUCGAAUGGUUUCACUAUGAAGGGCAGAGAAGGCUCUGUCCUAUGAUUGAAGAAGGCCUUGUAUGGCUUAAAGCAAGCUCCAAGGGCCUAGUACUUCAAGCUUCAUGAGUGUCUGGUCUCUCUCAAAUUUAACAAGAGCAAAAUUUAACGAGCUCUUUAUCUUAAGAGAUCAGGUAAUGAAGUCUUAAUUGUUGGAGUUUAUAUUGAUGACUUAAUCAUAAUACGGUCUAGUCCCCAAUGUAUUGAAGAUUUCUAGUCAAGGAUGAAGUAGAAAUUCGAAAUGACUGAUCUUGGAUCAUUGAACUCUUAUCUGGGACUUGAAAUCAAAUAAGACGAAGACUUUAUUUUCUUCUCUUAGAAAACAUAUGCUUUAAAGAUUUUAGAGCAUGCAAAGAUGGGAAACUGCAAUGUUGUUUUUACACCACUUGAAGCUCGAGAAAAAUUCACCCACAAUGAAGCAACCACAUGGGUGAAUUCCACAAAAUUCAGAAGCCUCAUUAGGAGUUUGAGGUACUUGACACACACAAGACCCGAUUUACUUUACUUAGUAGGAGUAUUAAGUAGAUUCAUGGAGAAUCCUACUUCGAAAUAUCUUAGUGGGGUCAAGUAAAUUAUGAGAUAUGUGAAAGGUACAAUUGA